GAAAACAGACUUGUUUUACUAUAUCUAGAAGAUGGGAGGUCCUGUAUACACCAUCCAGUAAUGUAAUCUGCUGUGCUUGACUGAUCACAAAACACCCACCAGGAUUUCCCUAACAGCACCCUUGAUUAUUGCCAAGGAAAGCAAAGGUUUGUAAGGAAUGCGAGUCCUGACCUUGCCACCUCAAAAAUAGCUAGGAGAUCUCAAGAUGCUCAUUUCAACAGCCGAACAUACGUCCCCUUUGUGCUAUACCAAGUCUGCCAGGUUGAUAGGAACCAGAACCUUCCAUCUCCAGCCUGCACAGUGAUCUAAGUAACCUUUCAUGCCAGAGCAAACACAGAGAGCCCUGUGCAGUCAGCAUACAGUUCUGCCAGCAUCCUUUUCUUCAACUCCUCAAAUAGCCAUUGACUCUGCUGUGCUAAAAGCAGCUGGGAUACGCUUUCUGUAAAAGGGGCCAUCUUAAUUUUCCUGUCUGCCAUGUUGCUGUAAGUCACACUAUGCAUUUGUACCGCCAUGUGAUGGUAUGGGUUGAGAGAUAUUAAGACAGGAGAGAUGAGGGUUUCCAGCUGCGUAACCCUGUUCGUGCCACCUCUCCCACUAGUGUCCCCACCAGGGCCAAAAGCUGUAUGAUUGAGCUCUUGUGCACCUUGUAGAUAGACAUUGAAACCUAAAAAAAAAAUUCAGGCUGGAGAGUCUCAUAUCACUAAGCAGCUUGUUACCCAGGGCAGUAAAGUUUUCUGUUAAAAAGAAGUCUUUUAUUUCCCAUUGAUACUUGUCAGGUGGCAAGGAGAACCACUCUCCUGUCCCAGAAGGCCCUAGCUGCAGACACUGCCUUGGAAGUGAAGCUUGCUCUCAUGGCUACAGCAAAGGAAUGGGAAGCACGAGAUCUGGCACGAAGUCCUCCUCCCACUGAAGCCAGUGGGAUGUUUGCCAUUGGCUUCAGGGGAAGCCAAGAUUUCGGUCUGCAGCCAGAUUGCUGGUGUGUUGUGCUAUGCUGUGUGCAGGAUCAGAAAAGGUUCUUGGUUUCCCGAUGAAGCUGUUACUGCCUCACCUCCUCUGCUGCAGAUAGCUGUCUCUCACCUGAUGUUGCUCCCUGCUCUUCUCCCUGUUUUGAAAUCUUAUUCUUAGGCUAGAAGCUCUUUAAGGAAGAGACUGGCUGCAUGGUAUGUGCCUGCUUGUAUUGUCCCACAGCUGAGGCUUCUGGGCAUUCCACUGCCAAAAAACAUUCCCUCCUCCGUGGAUGAUGUAUGAUGCAAGAGGAUGGCAUAAUGCAGCAAUGAAGAGCUGAAAAUAGGUGGUUUGAAUUAAGUAAAACAUGUGGGGUUUUCUCCAGGUAAAGAACUUGAAUCAGCUUUAGAAUUUUGCUCUGUGGUACAGGAGAAUCUGAAGAGAUUGUAAAAAAGGUGCAGAGACAGGCCUUCCUGUUUCAGACUUUAACAACAUGAGUUGCUGAGAGUCUUGAUUUUAAAAGCACCUCUUUUUGUCAUGUCUCCACUCUUUCAAGGUCAGAUGGAAGUGAAAUUGUGUUAGUGAUGAGCAGUGGCAUAAGUAUCUGUGAGCUUGACAGAAAACCUUGGUGCUGUAGGGUUGGCUGUGUUAUGUAGUACGUAAUACAGUGCUCCUCUGAUGCACUGAAAAGCCUUGUGCCAGCUCAUGCAGCCCAUGCAGUAUCUGUAUUUGAAACAUAGGCAGGGUUACUGCUCUCCUGAAGAGCAGGUAAAGGAAGUCAUCUCAGAGCAAACUGCAAUUGUUACACCAAGCAGCCCCAUUUUGGCCUGUGUAAGUCCUGCUGGUUUUAUUUGAAUGGACAUGGCAUGGUGGAGCCUCUCUAUGCCAAGGAAAAGCCACUGCAAGCAAUUCUCACUCUUUAUUUCUCCCUGAAGAGGAUGUCUUUUCCUAUUCGUCCCGUGGGUUUGGUCUCUACUGCCCCUUUCUGGAAAUAUCUGUAAAUGCAUCAUAUCUAUAAAAAGGCAUGAAGAUUUAUCUCCUGGACCAAGAAGCUGCCCUGGCUUUUCUCACUUCUUCAGGUGCCACAUGUUGUACAGCAUCUUCCCCUCCUGUUCAGCAGCACCUUGUGUUCUCUGGCCAUCUGGGAUGAGGUCUUGUUCCCUUGACAUUUCCACAAAGAGCAGCUGGUGUGAGCUUUCUGCACAAAGAGGGACAAAAUUGAAAGUGAGAAGGGCAUGGGAUCCUGGUAGUUUUAAAGGCCAGGGGUCAUUGCCAGCAUGCACCCACUCUCCCGUGUACCAUGUUGGUGAUCUCCUCAUGAGCACAACCCAGGAACCAGCUUCUCUCUGACCUUUGUGGAGGAGACCGUGGUGAAACUCCCUUUCUGAUUCUGGAUCCUGGACGUACAAAGUGUUCCUUACAAGAUGUGAUCCCUAAACCAUCACUUUGUUCCUUGUUUUCGACACAAGACCCCUCGCGGGCUGUCGGUGGCAGGAGUGCUCGUGUGUGGAACUGCCUGUGGCUGAGUUCAGAACCUGCUGAGCUGGACAUGCCCUGCAAACUGGAGAGAUCAUUCUAAGAGGUGCUGCUAUAGAAGAUGAGGCUGAACGAGAGCCGGACGAGGCCCUUCCAGGCUCCUGUUUCCAUCCACAGCUACCCGGGAGGGCAAGUGUACGUGUUCCCAAAUGGCUGCUCUGACUCAGAGGAGUCGUCAGACGAGGAGCUCAACGUCAUGGAGCUGCGGCCCAGGGGCAGGGAGCGGCAGUGCAGCAAUGCACGGGGCAGAGCUGGGGAUGUGGUGCUUCUGGAGAGAGACAUCACUGAGGACGACAGUCUGAACAAGCUUGCCCUGCAGUAUGGUUGCAAAGUUGCAGACAUCAAACGCGUCAACAACUUUAUCAGGGAGCAGGACCUGUACGCUUUGAAGUCCAUCAAGAUCCCUGUGAAGACCCACGGGCUGCUGACGGAGAGCAGCAAGGAGCUGAGGCCGCUCCCGGCUGCGCGCUCCCAGAGCGGCGCGGUGCUGGUGGACGUGCCGGAGCCUGGCGCUGGCGGCAGCGGCUGUGCUGAUAGCGGGCAGCUCGUGGAUUAUUUCAAAGGCAUCGACAAGAGCAUCCAGGACGCCGUGCAGGCGGAGGCGCAGCUGAGUGCUGAGCUCUGCGUGGAGCCACCGGAGAGGCUGCUGGCCGAGCCGGGGAAGCGGGAGAGCAGUAAUGGUGCGGACUGUGGAAUCCAGUGGUGGAAUGCAGUUUUUAUUAUGCUCUUGGUAGGAAUUGUCUUGCCGGUAUUUUAUAUCAUCUAUUUUAAAACGCAAGAGAAUGGCCCUGCGCCCCACACCUCCAACACAACAGCAACCUCAAAUAUUUCGACAGAUGGAUUGGAAGGGAAAUUACUACAAAGCUCAGUUGUAGAAAAAAAUGCUAGGGGGGAGACACAGCCAAAUACAGCCUCACCUCCCAGCACGGGCGCCCAUAAGACAGUGACUCUGACUCGAGUGCAAUCGGGGGGAUAACACUACAGAUAUUAUUUUUUUUUAAAGUAGUCAAUGUAGUUCGGAGCUUGACUGAACUGGAGAUGCGAUUUUAUGGAAGAAUAAGGAUGCUCUGUUGCUUGUGAAGACCAGCAGGCAACUGGCUUAACAUUUGUGAACUCUGAUGAGGGAAAGUAUUUUGAAGCAGUUUGCUCUUCUUGAUUGCUUCAGGUAUUUCUUAAGAGUGGUUUUGUCUAAGAAGCUGAACCCUUUACUUCUGUGACAGAGUGCAGUAUUGGUGUGAUUGGAAAGCUGGGGGCUGGUUUUUUGUUUUUUUUU